AUGUUCUCCCUGUGCAGGAUUGUCGGCCACACAGAGCCCUACACCAAACUGUGCUGUAAAGGAUUCUGCAUCGACAUCCUCAAGAAACUGUCACGAAACAUCAAGUUCUCCUACGACCUGUACCUGGUGACCAACGGCAAGCACGGCAAGCUGGUGCGCGGCAUCUGGAACGGCAUGAUCGGAGAGGUGUUCUACAAGCGAGCGGACAUGGCCAUCGGCUCGCUCACCAUCAACGAGGAGCGCUCCGAGAUCAUCGACUUCUCCGUCCCCUUCGUGGAGACCGGGAUCAGUGUGAUGGUCGCCCGUAGCAACGGAACCGUCUCCCCAUCCGCCUUCUUAGGUACCACAUCCUCUCUUUGUUAG